AGAGUACAGGUGUGCAGACUAACCCUACGGUGCCUUGUUGCUUUAAACUCAUGGUCCACGGUGCAGCUGAGUGGCAAUCUCUGCGGAGGAGAGGCAGAGAGAAGCCCAGGUGGAUUGUGAAUACUUCGGCAGUGUUGUUCAGUUGGACUGCACUGGUUUUUGCCUGCACUGGUUUGCACAAUGCCACCUAGAAGGCUCCUUUGCUUUGCCAAAAUAGGUUUAAAUUUGAGUAUUAAAAAUUCUAAAAUUUGGUUUUGAUUAGGUUUUGUUAAUGUCAAAGUAGAUGGGUGUUAACAUCUUCCUGGCACAUCCUUAACAUUUUUUAAUGACUGUAAUAAAAAUGCCAUUAUCUGACUGCAUACAAGAUCAAACAUAACUGAAAGUUACUAUCUUACAGUGUUUGGUUUUAAGCUGUAAAAUGAAUUUGUCCCUUAGUGGGAUUGUAGUAGAUAGAGGCUAAGAAUAUGUUCUCAUUAACCUGGCUUUUUUGCAGAGGUUUUUGACCUUUGAGAGAUUGUCGUAGAGAGUCAAUUAAGAAAUGAUGCUGAAGAGCAAAAGGAAGUCCAAGGGAAAGCCAAAUGGUAAAAAGCCAGCACCGGAAGAGAAGAAACUUUACCUAGAGCCAGAAUACACAAAAUCCAGAAUUACUGACUUCGAAUUUAAGGAACUAGUGAUGUUACCACGGGAAAUAGACCUCAACGAGUGGCUUGCCAGCAACACAACAACUUUCUUCCAUCACAUCAACUUACAGUAUAGUACAAUCUCAGAAUUCUGUACAGGAGAGUCAUGUCAGACCAUGGCAGUGUGCAAUACACAGUACUACUGGUAUGAUGAGCGGGGAAAGAAGAUCAAGUGCACUGCUCCUCAGUACGUUGACUUCGUCAUGAGUUCAGUGCAGAAACUAGUGACAGAUGAGGACGUCUUUCCAACGAAAUAUGGCAAAGAAUUCCCAAACUCAUUUGAGUCCCUAGUGAAGAAGAUCUGCAAGUACCUGUUCCAUGUGCUGGCCCAUAUCUACUCCUCACACUUUAAGGAGACUUUGGCACUGGAGCUGCACGGACAUUUAAACACACUCUACACACACUUUAUCCUAUUCAUCAGGGAGUUCAACCUCGUGGACCCUAAAGAGACCACCAUCAUGGAUGACCUCACUGAGGUCCUCUGCAGCAGCAGCGGGAGCAGCAGUAACGGGAGCGGCAACGGGAGCAGCAACAGCGCAGGAGCACAGAACCACGUGAAAGAGAGAUGAGCCCUCCUGGCAGCCCCAAACUAACAUUAUAAACAGUAUAAUCUAUUGUGUGUAUGUGUAUGUAUAUGUUCAGAUAUACAUACGGGCAUAUCCAGCGCUGAAAGCUGACCGCAGCGAUGCUGCCACGCAGGACGCGCAGUCGUACGGGGCUGUACGGAGCUUUGGGUUAAUGCGCCAGCCGGUGAGAAGUUGCACCAAUUUUAUUUUAUUUUCUGUCCACUCCUCCUUUUACCUAUUCAGAUGGAUGACGAGUGCUGUUUUUAGAGAAGAACCAAGCUUAAGAGUGGGGCCACUCUUGGUUUUUUUGGUUCAUUUAUUUUUUUUUCCUUUUGGUUGGUUGGUUGGUUUUUUGUUUUUCUUUCUUUGGUCUUGAGUGCAAGCCCUUUGGUCUUUCUAGGAUGGUGGUCCUGCCAUUUAAAAAGUAUCUAUUAUAUUAUAAGAAGUAACUUUUACUUUGAAGUGGCUUAAAAUGCAGGGUUUUUUUGGGGGGUGGGGGUGGUUUUUUGGUUUGGUUUUACAUAGACUGCCCCUUACCCUGCCAAAAGCUCCCCCACUGAGUGCAUCUUGCCCUUUGUUAGCUUGGAAUGGGAAGAAACUCCUGGCUUGACUAGAGUAGCAACUAGGGGCUUGCUACAUGUUGAAAGUGGGCAUGAUUCUCCAGUUGUCCCAGCUACUCGGUCACAAGGUGUGAACGUGCAAGAGGAUCCACAAGCCUUUCUGCUUAUUGCUCCUACAGCAUAUAUACUCUUUUCUCUGCUCCCCUGCCUCUUCUUUUCCCAGGCACACCUGCACAGGUAACAGGAGUAGGAUCACUGCAGUCCAGAACCAUGUGCAAGAGUCACCACCAUUCGCUUUCCCUUGAACAGAGGCCCGGGGACGGGGGAGAAGGGUAUACUGGGUCAGUCACCGCCUGUGCUAGAAAGAUGGCUGUUGGCAUAAAAUUAUAUUGUUGGCUUAUUUUAGUUCAUCUGUUCUAUAAUAAUAAAAACAAAUCUAUCAGCCACAA